AUUCCCUCUGUCCCUCUCGGAUACGUUAUUUUUUAUUUCUUUAUUAUUUUCAUUACUUGGUGCAAAUUCUCGGAAUUUAUCCAUAGUAAUAAAGGGUAUAAUUUCCAGAAAAUUGAUUGAUUUUAUUUUGAUCUCUCCUACUGUUCUCCUCCCGGUCUCAUCUCUCAUCUACUUCACUCUCUCUCUCUCUCUCUCUCUCUCUAUUGUCCUUUUUUUUUUUUAUUGGGAAGAAUCAAGAAUGGGUGGCUGUAUUUCUGUGGACAAACGCCCGGAAUCCGCCAUGAAACUUCAGCUUUCAGUCGGGUCUAAAAGUGAGAAGCUUCUAAUUCUAUCGCCAGUGAAAGAAAAGCCGGAGACUGUUGCCGGAGGUCGUCGUACUAUUGCUGACGUGGCUUUCAGGUCCCAGAUGUCACCUGUAGCCGUCCCUGAUUCUGGUAGUAAAGAAGAAACCUUCUUCGAUUCCCACACUUGGUUCGAGUCGGAUUGUGAAGAUUUUUAUAGCGUCAAUGGAGAUUUUACCCCAUCUCGUGGAAGUACUCCGGUCCAUCACAACUUCUCCGCAGGAACCCCACGAGUGGGUCGAGCAGAGUCUACUACACCUCCAGAAAGGAGAAAGAAACUUUCCGAACUUUUUAGAGAGAGCUUACAAGGUGAUCAGGAUAUCGACAAGCAAAAUGCUGCAAGCAAUGAAAAAGAAGUUGCUGAAAAGGUGGAACCUUCACCUAAAUCUGCUAAGUGGACCAUUUAUAUCUCUAGAGCUAACUCGUGCUAUAGUCGUGAAAGAACUACCGGCAGAGUGCUAGGAGCUGAGGACAAAUCAGUAAACUCUGUGCAGUGUUGCCUUCCAAGAUUGCUCUCUAGCAGUCGAAGCAGUACUGAAAGGAAGAGGACGAGCCCUGUGCAUAACGUCGUGUAAUAGAUAAUCGAAUUCUUUUAAAAGUUUUGGCACUAUUCAUAUGGUGCGAGCCAAAAUCUUGAACUCUAACCAUUUUAGAAUUCUGGGUACACUCGAUCUAUGUGAAUUGAGUAUAUGUUGAAAAUAAGUACCGUCUGUCAAUAAACUCUAUAAAACGAAAUAUUUAGCUAUUGAGAAGCUCUUGUCAAUGGUUGAUAAUAUUU